GACUACGUUAGUAAUUUAGUCGAGUGGCGAGUAUUUGUGACUUUGCAUGCCCAAUAUUUCCCAAAGGGUCUAUGCUGCAUAUAUAGCAUAAGGACCCUUUAGUUGCAAAGUCACAAAUAUUCGCUACUCCACUAAAUUACUAACUUAGUCCGAACAAGCUCUUGUUCACGUGUAUUGUGGUUAGUCUGUGUGUGUGAACACGCGACAUAAUUGAACGCACCAUUUGUUACUUCAAAAACUUAAUAUUGAUCAGCCAUAUGAACGCACCUCUACAGACGGCCGCACCUAGUCGACCUUCGUGCGGUCCGGCGCACGAUCGAUCGUGCGUAAGGUGGUCCGCCGUACGGCCGUUAAGGACGCAGUUAUAAGUGAGAUGGAGAAAGAGAUGUUUUGACCGCACCAAGGUCGCGUCCGUUGCGGUCGUCUGUAGACUAGACUGUUAUGUUAUGUCAGAUUGAUAGUAAUUUGUCAGAGUAUUGAACGUAUCUCAAAGACUCCAAUAAGAAUAGUAUAUUUUUUAUGUUAAGUAUUGUGCGUUCGUCUUGUAUUUAAAAGACAAUAAAUAAAUACUAAUACAUAUUAAAUUUGACGGUAAAUAGUGACAUUAAAUUGAGAAACAACUUCUAAUACGUAAUGUGAAUAUUUAUUCUCAAGGGGACUGGGAGACUUGUUCCGAAUUCUGGUGCAAUUAUGAAACAGGUUUUAUAAGGAAAUAAGAUUUAUAAGGAAAACAAUUUUAUAAUUUAAGAUCGGUUUAUAACAGUCGUCUUUAUGACUGUAAGAAUUUAUAAUAAUAUUAUAAGAAAGUCCGUAUAAGUACCUGUAAAGGCCCUGAAAACAAAGAGUAGGUAGUAAUAUAAAAUUUACAACAUAUUUCAAAGAGGAUGGCAACUAUACUGGAUGUGUUUAAUGAUGACUGCUGGCGUCUUGUGCUGGAUUGGCUGCACACUGAUGACAUAAUAAGGAGUGAGCGAGUCAGCCGAGACUGGCAGGCUGCCAUAUAUCGGUACCUCGAGUGUGUUGGUAUGAGCAUAGAAUAUGGUACUCGCCCCAACCUCUGGUACGGGCACAACCAGGUGUUUCCUUAUAACUACCGCAUACUGAGGAUCGAGGAAGAAAAUCCAGAAAUACUCAAUAAUUUAAUACAGAAAUGGGGUCCAUGUGUCAAGAAAGCGGAUUGUGUAAACAGUACUAUGGAGGUUAUAAGGAAGAGGUGUCCCAAUAUAAAAGAUAUUACAUGUUAUGAAGUAAAGAAUGAAGUCUUAUUAAGUGCAUCAUCGGAAAUCUCUUUAAAAAAUCUGAAAUGCGUUCAUUUUAAAGGAUGCGAUAAAUUGACAGAUAAGUGCGUCAGGGUGUGGCUGGGGAACUUCAACAUUGAGGAGCUAUGUGUUUGGGAAGCUGAUGUUACUGGAAGCUUCUUGGUAUCUCCACGCUCCAGAAAUCUAAAGAGUCUAUCUAUUAAAGACUGCAAACGCUUGCACUUGCGUUGUCUUUUCGCCGCUACCAAACACCUAAAACAAUUAAAGAAAUUGGAACUGAUAUAUACUAAUAAACUAAUCAUCCGUAAUGUCCAUAAAUUGUUAGACGAGUUGCCGGAUUUAGAGGAUUUGAGUUUGCGUUGGGAAAAGAGGCUGCAAUUGGGAUACGAUUGGGCCGAAGCAGUGGGAAGGAUGAAGCUACGGCGGCUGGAUUUGAGUUUCAACCCUAAUGUGAAUGAGGGCACGCUGGCGAGGGCCUGCCGUGGCUUCGGUCAAAUGAAUGAACUGCUUUUUGAACGCUGUGCUGGUUUGACCGGACCGGGGGUAGUAAUGGCGUGCAAGGCGGCGGGUCCGGCGCUGCAAGGCGUGCAGCUGUCCUCCAACACCCAGCUGUAUGAUUCCUGCAUCAAGGAUAUUGCCGAGGCUUGCCCCAACCUCAAGUGGCUCGACCUGUCCUUCUGCCACGGGAUAACGACUUACGUAUUGGAAUACGUGGCAAACGCGCGUGUUGACCGGAACAACAAGUUGCGGGUUAUAGUUGAGUGCACCUACGUGGAGGAACUUGAAGAGGGUGCUUUCCCGUGGUUGAUCGUCGAAUAUGGGGCCUACAUUACAUCCCCAUAUUCCUUUCCAUGUGACAUCAAAAAAAAGCCACCGCCUGUAGACGUUACGGCUUCUCAACAAGGCUUACAAAAUACCAGUAUAUAAGCACCCUUUUGGUCGGAUUAAGUGACAAAUGUUGAAGUUGUGCGCCAAAUUGGAAACAACCUGUAACUUGUCCGACUUAACCCCUUACCGCAUGUAAUAAAAAUAUUUGUUGAAAUAUGAACUUUAAUAGUUGUCAUUAGAGUUGAAUAUCAUAUCCGCCAUAUAUGGUUUCGUAUGCGGUUAGGGGUUAAAAGGAGAAAGCUUGGUUCUUGGAUGAAGUUAUUAGCAAACAGGCAAAGUAGUCGGAAUAACCGAAAUUAAUUUUUCUCUCUUGUGUGUCUGCUAUUUAUAAACGUUUGCCAAAUGUAACAAGCUGUUGAUAUAUGUUUGUUGUUAGCAUUUUGACGUUUAUAUGUUAGAUAAAGACAAGAGAUGUGACGCCAAUGGGAAAGAAAAAAGAGAUAUUUUGUUAAAAACGGAAGGGAGAAACAACAGAAAAUGAUACGUAAGCUAAUUAUGAUGGCGGUGAUAGUCCGCGCGACGGGAUAACCCUAGAGUAGCCGCGCUUUUCUGCGAGGGAAGCGGUAUGCCGCCUAUAUUAAACAAAAUUUUAUGUUUAAAAUAAUUGAUAAAAUCAUUUCUACACUAAGACAAUUAAGAAGACCAAGAGUGCUCACUCCAUACAACAGUUUUGUUACAUCUAUGGUCCAGUGACAGUACUGAGAGUUCCGCUACUUGACGCUACAUGUAGACUACGAAAAUAAUAGUAUUUUUGGUAACAUAACCUAUGGAGUGAACACUCUUGGUCUUCUUAAUUCUCUUUGACGUAGGAUAUAAAUAAUAAAAAACUAUUAGAAAGAGUAGGUAACAUUUGUUAUGAUGUUACAUUUAGGGUCGGUUGCACCAAACCGCCUGCCACCGAUAAGAGUUUACAAAAUGAGGGCUACGUUUUUGUGCUCACCAGGUGGCGAAAAAAAAAACUCAAAAUUCUGCUUUGCUUAUUUAAAAAAUAAUUAAUACAUUCCAAUAUACACAAAAGUAUUUUAACGUCAAAAUAUGCCGUUUUUAAACUUGUUUAAUUUUUCAUAUAUUUUAGCAAAGAGAAUUUGAAAGGUGUGUUGUCAAAGAAAAGUCUGUAGCGACGUAAAUUUACUGCCAUCUUUCGACACAUAAUUAAAACUUUUAAAACGCCAUUUGACUUUGAUCCUUAUUCUUUUACUGAUAUGUGUUCAAUUUGUUAAAUAUCAAAAAGUGGCACCAUCUUACCGGGCCUACCGCCGCCGGGCGGGUUAUGGCGCCAUCGCUCGAAACGAUGCUGCUAUACCUAUGGCCUUUGAUCAUUAGAUGGUGCCAUUUUUCGAUAUUUAACAAAUUUAACACAACUGUCUGUCAAGCUCAAGACCCACGCGUGGAGGUAUCGAGUUGAAAUUAAAUUAAAUCCAUAUAGUCAGGUCUAUAAAUCAAACUUCUAAGUUAACGUAAUAAAAAGAUACGGCCUUUUAUUCGCAAAAAACGGAGAUUUCGACAAUUAAGGGAAUCAACAUUUAUAGGUACAGUCACGUCUGAAAACAUCGAUACGAUCGAAUUGCCAAAAAUAUAUACACGACCUUAUGGCCCAUAUAUUAGGGAACACUUCUCUACAUAUUUUUGGCACUUUGUAUGUAUCGAUAUUUCACUACAAACACAGGACAAAAUCAUUCAUAAUCAUAGCAAAAAUGUUUUAUUUUGUACGGAUUUACAAAACCCUCGGUGAGCGAGUCGGACUCGCACUUGUCCGUUUUCUUUUGCCUCGGGCGGCAACGAGCACUCUCAGGAACGAGGAUGCCUAUAGAUAAAUAAUCUGUUGGUGUAUUAGUCUACAUAAACUUGAUGUCUUGAUGUUAUUGAAUUGCUGUUUAGCAGUAAACUUGAUGUUAUUGCAUUGCUGUUUAGCAGUAAAAUAGACGCCUAUUUUGUGAGCGUCGGCGUCUAUUCAGCGCUAUGGAAAAUGGCGUCGCUGCGCAGUUGCGCCAGCGUGCGUCGUUGAUUAAACGCCGACGCUCGGGAGACGCUAGUGUGGGUGGCGCAUUAUGCAUUAGCAAAAGCCCACAGCCGCAACCGCGGCUUGAUGCUCGCAGGGCCGCUGCGCCCACGCGACUUGAUGUUAGUGGAGUUACGAAUUUAAAUAUUGAUGUUAUCUAAAUGUUGAUGAAAUACUUAAUGUUAUUAUUAUCAUAUUGAGCGAGUUUUAGUCAAAAAUUGGAUGUAAUUUACUGGAAAGGAUCUGUCAAUGUAAUUUGAACUUUUUAUCAAAAAUAAGGACAUUUUUUUAUACUACGUCGGUGGCAAACAAGCAUACGGACCGUCUGAUGACAAGCAGUCUCCGUAGCCUAUGUACGCCUGCAACUCCAGAGGAGUAAAAUGCGCGUUGCCGACCCCAACACUCCACACCCUCGUUGAGCUCUGACGACCUUACUGGCAAGAACACAACACUGAGAAGGCUCCAGUGUUAUUUGGCUGCGGUUUUCUGUAAGGUGGAGGUACUUCCCCAGUUACAUAAUUUAUUUUAAUGGCAAAUUUAACCCUUUUCUGUAAACUACGUCCAAUUAGAGGUAGACCAAGAUAAGUCUGUAACGAUUUUGAUAGCUCACGCAGUGCAAGUGUUAUUAAUACGUCAUAAUUUCAUAGAAGUUUGAAAAUAACGCACUGCGUGUGCUAUCAGAAUCGUUGCAGACUUGUCUUGGUCUGAGUUUAGUCAAAUAGUAACUGUUAACAAUACCAAACUGGGUAAUAUAGUCUAUCAAGCCGAUUUCCGUCAGUAGAAAAAAGCGACAAAUAUAUAAAAUUUAGGCGCGAGAGGUUAUCGUCACAUAGAAAAUUUGAUUUUCACGCCUUUUACAACUGAAAAAGUUGUUUGACAGACUAUACUUACUAUUAUUUACCUGUUAGGUAACAUAGGUACUACAUAAAUGUUAAAAUAAAGGAAGGAUCAAUGUUUAAAUGUAUUGAUGUAUUUUGUGAUUCAUUUUCAUUGUAACAGGUACUCGGAAUCACCCUACAAGCUAAGAAUAAAAAAUAUUUUAAGGAAGUCUUCAAAAUACGAUUUAUCUAACCCUUUUACGGUCAGACGAGUGUCAGAUAUUACGGAAAAUUGAAUCGUCAUUUUGAAAUGAAGUUUAAAAUCAUUGUUAUAUUCGGGUGGUCAUUUUUGCCAUAUAAAAUUUGCCAUAUCAGUUUGCCCGUUAAAGGGUUAACCUUUAAUGUCAAUUUUCUUGCUUCUUAGUUGGCAGUCUUCAAUUAUCACAAAAUAGGCAAGCCGGUGGUAACGGGUUCUAAUAGGGGACCUGUAUAAACAGUAUACCUAACCUACCAAAUACGUGUAUUAUUUACGAACAUUAAAAAUACUAGAGUAGAUAAGUGUAUCCUGCGGUAAACUUGAUGUCUAGUAAUUUUUGAUGUAUUCAAUGUUAUUUAUAAUAACUACAUAAUGACUAAUGAAUGUUCACAAUAGACAGUUCAACAAUAAAGACAACAUGCAUUCAACCCA